AAAUGUCUCACUUAGCAACAUAAACAUCGAUUGUGGUCUUAAGUUGAGGACUACCUGCAGUGUUUGUGGGGGUGCUCACAUAUGGGGGAAUCACAUGUGUGUGUUUAUGAUCUCCCAUGAGCUGUUUGUUUUUGCCCUGCUUACUAUUUAAGAAAAGUUUGGAUUUAGAAAAACAGUGGAUCUUAGCACGUAUAUUGCACUUCUCCAGGUUGUCAGGUGCAAUUCAAGUUUUUUUUAAAAAUAACUUUGAAUGUGAUAAAUUAAGUAUAUUUUGUGCCUUUCACAAAAGACAUUUUAAAGAAUACAAUUUGGCAAAUCUCAUUUCAGCCCACAGGAAUCAUGUGAGAUAUCAAGGAAAUUGGCAGGGUUUUUUUUUUCUUUAAAUAUUCCAUAUUCUGAUUAAAAAGCUCUAAGUAGCAUGGCCAAAGAUAAAUGUAGAACAAGGAAAGGCAAAGACCCGCAGCGGUGUACAAAUGUACGAGCAAGCCUGUUAUGAGUCCGGAAUGAAGCUGCGUCGACCCGGAAAGCCACAGCCAAUGCGUGCAGGCUUGUGUCUCAAUUUAAGCGAGGCACGUGGCGGCCUGGUGUUUUCCUGGCUGGCGGCCGUCCUUCAGGUGUUGUUCCCCCAGAGGCUUCUGCUCUCCGCCCAUCGCCUCGCUCGGGAACUGCAGCGCGCUCCUUCCCAGCCUCCCGAAGGCUCCUCCCGCCCGGUGACUCCGCUGCCGCCGCCGCCGCUGCUUUCACUUUUCCCAGGUGCAAAAGUUUUUAAGUCGGACGAGGCGGCGGCAGCGCGGUGCGGUAGAGAGCGAGCCGCUGGCGGCAUGGCGGGGGAGAGGUUCGUCCGCUUCUUCCGAAAUAGCCUGGUCCGGAGGACGUCUAGGAGAGGUGACUCCCAGGAUGUAAAUCCUACAGAAAGCAAAUCUGGUGCUGAUGUAAGGCUGAAACAAAGAAGCAGUUUUUCUCAUUCAGUUGGACACCCAUUUUUUGAAUAUCUGGUUGUGGUCUCACUUAAAAGGGACACAAAGGGAAAUUAUGAGCCCAAGAUUACCUAUCAAUUUCCAAAGCGUGAGAAUCUACUGAGAGGGCAGCGUGAAGAAGAGGAAAGGUUGCUUCAGGCCAUUCCCUUGUUCUGCUUCCCAAAUGGUAAUGAAUGGGCACCCCUCAUGGAGUAUAAGAGUGAAACUUUUUCUUUUGUCCUUACCAAUAUUGAUGGGAGUAGAAAAAUCGGCUACUGCAGGAGACUGUUGCCUUCUGGACGAGAAGCUCGUCUCCCUGAAGUUUAUUGCAUUGUAAGCUGUCUUGGUUGCUUUGGACUAUUUUCAAAGAUUUUGGAUGAAGUAGAGAAGAGGCGACAGAUCUCUGCAGCAGUUGUCUACCCCUUCAUGCAGGGCCUACGUGAAUGUCCCUUCCCAGCACCAGGAAGAACUGUUACCAUUAAAAGCUUCAUUCCUGAAUCUGGGACAGAGCAAAUUGAGCUGACACGACCAUUGGAUUCUCACCUGGAGCAUGUGGAAUUUCAAGCCCUUUUAAAGUGCCUCAGUCCUGAGAAGAUACUUCAGAUAUUUGCCUCUGUAGUUCUGGAGAGACGGAUAGUCUUCCUGGCUGAUGAGCUUAGCUCCCUCUCCACGUGCAUCCACUCAGCUGCUGCUCUUCUUUAUCCAUUUACUUGGGCCCAUACAUACAUCCCAGUGGUUCCAGAGACACUUCUCAGCACAGUCUGCUGUCCUACACCAUUUAUGGUUGGGAUCCAAAAGCGUUACCUGGCAGAGGUUCUGGAUCAGCCUAUGGAAGAGGUCUUGGUUGUAGAUCUGUCCCAAGGAGUAUUCUUAAAAAUGGUUGGAGAUGAGGAGGAGAUUUUGCCACCCAAGUUGAGAAGUGAAAUGUUGCAGUCUUUGCCAACAAUGAACAACAACAUUCAGACAUCUGAGGAAUUCAAUACACAUGUUUCGGACACCUUUAUAAAAUUCUUUGUGAGGAUGAUUGGUCACUAUCCAGCAUAUAUCAAAUGGAGCAGAAAUGGCACAGGCAGCUUUCAAGAACAAUCAUUUUGCAAGGCUAUCACCUCCAAGACCAACCGCAGAUUUGUGAAAAAAUUUGUUAAGACUCAAAUGUUCUCAUUAUUUAUUCAAGAAGCAGAAAAAAGCAAGAAGUGCAUAGAAGCAUAUUUUCAGCAGAAAUUAAAUGAAUAUCAAGAAGAAAAGAAGAACAGGAGACUCUCCUGAAUCUUUGCUUUCAUAAGAGAAGUUUGGAGAUAGGCAGGCCUGCAACUGAUCAUCUACCUGGAUUAGGUCCAUAGGUGAAAGAUACCGUUGUUAGCUGUCCUGAUAGUACCUGUGCUUUCUAUGUGAACCAUGAAAAGCCAUGGGGAGCCUUGGGUACUGUUUUCUACAUUUUAUUUUUUCUUGUGGCUGGCAUUACACGCUGUUCUUUACGUGCCUGAAAUUUUGUAGUCCAACUGACAAUCAAAGCUGCAGUUCCAGAGAAAGAAUAUAGCAGCAUAAAAACUAUUAUCAAACAAUCCUAUUUUAAUAAUCGGAUUCUACAUUUUUUGGAAAUUUUGCCAGAUGCAGUAAAUAACGCAUAAGGCAGAGAAUGUAAUGGAAAUAGUGAGACAAUUACAUUCUUUGGAAACAUUUUUAUUCUCAUGAAACUGGUUUCCAGGCCAAAAAUCUUAUAUUGAAUGUUGUAAUUGAUGGGAUUAUAAAAUGUAUGUUAGAUUUCUAUAUACAUUCUAUAGUUUGCUAUGUUUUAAGCAGGAAUGCUUGUCCCGUUAUCAUGAAAUUUUCCCAAUUAAAAAUUUUACAGGAGGGAAGUAGAACCCUAAUAUUGGAUUAAAGAAUGACUUGAAGAACAUAGGAAUAAAGAAACAUAAAAGCAAAUACAUUCCUAGUGACCAUGCCAGCUUUGUAAAGGAAGUUGUCCACCCCAUUCCACCACUAUAAAACAUCAAUGAAUUGGGAGACACACAUUCUUGCACUGAACGUUGGGGAUUCAGGAGAACAAGCAAAUCUGAGGAUGCUAUCUUUGAGGGACUGUUGCUGUUCCUAGCAUUGUAAGAGGUAUUGUGGUGUCACAGUUAUAACAAGUAACUGCUAGUGAAAAGUUAAUCAUACAUAUUUGUUCCUAUUUACAAUGAAAUUCUUAGGGGCUUAAAUCUUGGUGAAGUUCCUGUGCUAAUUUGGAAAAUACUAAUCAAAGCUGUAAUUUAGCUAGAAAAAAAUCAACAGUUUCCUACAUCCAGUGUUCAUUUUUUGAGACUUCAACAAUCUGAUGGUUAGCUAGAUUAGCUACAGAUGAUAAGAACUGAAAUCUAACACAGUUGAAUGGUGUUAGGUUGCCUUAGUUUACCUUAAGUUCUUCUUUAUAUAUUACAAAUACUAGUAUGGACACUGAGUAGUAUGGUUCCAAUAUAAGAAUAUAAAUCUGAUAUGUAGGAGUUAUGUCAGGAGCUGUAGACAUUUGAGUAAAACAAAUGUGGUAUAUAGAAAGUCGAAUGUCAUGUCAAAUUUAACAAAAUGUACUUUUUAGGAAGUUUUUAAUACGUUAAUUUAAUGAGAGAGUACAAGUCAAGUCCUCUGACAGGACAAGCUAUCAAGCUUAUAUAAAGUUACAGGAAAAUUAGCUCAAUAUGCUAUUGCAAUGUCUUUUAUAAAAUGCUCAGGUUCUUUAGCUAAUGAACUAUGUUAGAGCUUCCAAGGAGGACAAUGCUCUAUUCACAAUUAUAUAAGAAAUUAUAUCCAAAUUCUUUUAUAGGCAGGAGAAAAACUGUGCGAUCUGCAAAGGACAAUUUAAAGUACAACUCAGAGGGGGACGUUCUCUUCACCCAAAUAUUUUUUUAAGAUUAAAAAAAAAAACAAGCUGUGAAAAAAACCAUAAUUAUCUAAUCAUAUCUCUUUGUCGCCACAAACAUGCCAUUAAAAUGACUGCACAGAACAGUAUAAUCACUCUUUCCCACUGCAUUGAUAGAGGACGAAUUAUUAAAUAGGAAAGCAUAUUAUAUUGACAGUCCCAGACUUUAAAUCUUGGGGUCUCACCAUCUUUCCAAUACAAUAUUGAAGCAUAAUCUUUUGGCUGGCUGUCCUUUCCAUGCUUAUUAAAUCCAUAAAUCCAGAGUGAUUCAAAGUUUUUGUAUAUAAUUCAGAGUCAUAUUUACAUCUUUAAACACUGUGAUCUUUGUAAUAUUUUGUAAUAUUUAUUAAUUCACUUAAGGAUAGUAAAUGAAAACAAAGCAGUGGUGGACAUCUUAUCAUAUAAAUAAAUUUUUCCUCAGGCCAACUGUUUUAAUCCCUUCUCUUUGUUGUACACUAAAGCACACGUAGUGCUUGUUGAAUUAGUCUGAUCCUAAGAUGAGAAAUAGACAAUAUUUUUGACACUCAACUAUUGCUUUGUUAAUAUGUGAUACUCCAAUUCUUCGUUACAGGGUUUUUAAAAAAUAUGCUAUCCAGCUUUAUUAUACAGUAUUCUUAACUGUUAAAGAAUAUGAUUGACUUGGAAUUAUUUGAAACACAUCCCAGUACUGACAAUAACUUACAAAUUUAGAUGUUGCUAAUGUCUCAUGUCAAAAUUCCAAGAUUUAAUUGAAUACACAAUAAAAUCUCAAUUCAAAAGACUAUUUGGGAGAUGAAUCUAUUAUUCCUAAAUGUUUGUUAAAUCUGAAUUUGUAACCUGCUUCAAUUUAUGUCAUUUUAUUUCAUUUGAAUAAUGAUCUGAUUAUACCAUUGGCAUGAUUACAUCAUUACACAAAAGAUGCAUAUGAUGUAAACAAUGUAAACAUAUGUAAAUCAUCCAGACUACUUAAUCAGAUGAAGUGCAGAUAUGGUGAUAUUUUAAAAGUUUUACUGUACUGCUGUUUGCAAAUUUAGACAAUUCUAAUUUCUCUUGGAACAACUCAAUGUUUUCAAAACUUAAUUGGAGUUUUUAACUGUCCUUUGAAUUAUUUUAAAUAUCUGGGAAUAGUUAUUCAAAGGAAACAUUCAGUUAUGGGUGCAAUAUAUCCAUUUUUUUAGUUUCAAUUACAAAUGAACCGAAAUAAAUUGUUAAUAAUCUUA